AUGCCACAAACGGGAACUCCGUCUACAGCAUUCACCCCAAACUUUGACACGGGAUGGCGUCCGAGUUCUUUUCCCGAUCAUUCACUUUCGGGGCGUGUUGUCUCUAGUCUUGUGACCGGGUCCGGUGACGCUCUGGAUGUGCUGUCCGAUGCUGCAAAUCUGCUUCAUCAUGCCACAGCGUCACCGUCCUCUGGUCCCCCUUCAGCACAGCCAGCUCACAACCUGCAAGAUGUACCCAUUGCCGUGCCCGCUAGAGAGCAGACUGGCGGUCAGAUUGGGAUAGGAUUCGUCAUCCAGGCUCUAUCCGAACCAGACGACAUGACUCUGGAUUUGUGGGACAAGAGCAGAUUCAUCAGACAGGGGUGGUUCACUUCGCAAGAAGCUGUCACAUUCUUUAAAUACCUCUCCCCGCUAUCUCCCAUCAACGUCGAUCAAUUUCGAAACCACGAGGGUCAUUCACGCCUCGUUUACGAAGAGUCCAUGUUGUGUUGUACUAUCCUCAUGAUUUCGUCUCGAUUCUUCUUGUUACCGGGAGCAGGUGGUGUUUCUAGGAGCCAUCUGAUACACAAUCGACUCUGGCUGUACUGUGAGACUAUGAUCAAACGCAUCAUUCUGGGUCAAGAGAAGAUAUCCACCGCCAAGAUGAGAAUAAUCGGUACAAUUGAGAGUUUACUGCUCAUCUCGGAUUGGCACCCUCGGGCUGUUCAUUUUCCCCCAGACACGGAGGGCUGGGAUGCCUUGUUCAUCGACGUGGAUUAUGAUCGACAAAACCGGAAGCGAACCAACAAUGAGGAGCCCCUAAUUCGCUGGCGCAAGGAUGUUUUCGAGCCUGCAAAAAGAGCAAGCAGGAUGUCUUGGAUGCUCCUUGGCCUUGCUACGAAUCUUGCUUACGAACUUGGGAUAUUGUCAAGCGACCAACGCGCAAGCUUCUCGGCAUCUGACAUUGCAGAUUGUCGAAAGUUUCGAGCUCAAAAGCUUCUUUACGCCUACAUGACGCAAACCGCCACGAGACUAGGGUAUAAUUCCGUCAUCCCUGAAAGUGUCUCUAUCGCAGCCACGCGAUCUUCCAUGAAAGACGUUGACGAUGCUUCGCAAGUUUCAUGGAACUCAUAUAUAGAUGUCUACUUUGAGUUCACCCGUCUUUCAAAAGUAGCUUCGUCAAUGUUCUUUCAAUCCGCGGGCCACUUGGAAGGUUUACUUCGGAACGAUGGCUACUCAGACCUGUUGGGCCAUUUCCUUAGCUCUCUCUCCAACUGGAAAACUACACUUGAUUCAGAUUGCAGAGCCGGGCUUCUAAAGACGUCGCUGUCUAUCGAAUACUACCACAUCAGAGCUUGUGUUGGUGCCAUAUCAAUACAAGCAGUCGUUCAAAGAGCUGCAACAGCCAAGUCGGAUGGUGUUGAAAAAGACAGUCUAGCUGGUUAUAUGACUGCUCAGGAUGCUAGGUUUCUGCAAGACGUGGUGUCGGAUAGCAGCGAAGUGCUGCGCAUAGCAACCCAGACCUCUUUCCAGGAACAUCUUGCAUACGCGCCAGCAAGUAUAAGAAUCAGCGUAAUAUCCGCAUCCGUCUUCCUACUAAAGGCCCUCAGUCUUGGAUCACCAGCAACAGAUCUACCUACAGCCUUGCAAACGCUAGAUCGAUGUGUCACAGCACUGGGAAGGUAUCCGCCCGACGACAUGGACUUUGCACUGAGAUACGCACACCUCAUUGAGAAGCAUACCCAGUUUCUGAAAUCAAAUCUGUACUUUGUGUCUGAAACCCCCAGAGGAAGCGCAGAUCAGCGUCGUGCGCCAAGUCAUGUUCACGACAGCCUGAGUGGAUAUGACCUGACGUUGUCAACUCUCCCGGCUGAUCAAAGUAUAAACGAUGCCGCUUCUAUGGAUCAGAACGGGUUUUUGCGGGCUCUGCAAUUCGACUCUAGUAUCGCGCCUUUUAGUGACAACGCAGAUCAGCUUUAUCAAGGGUUUGACAUUGACUCACUCAACUUCCUAUGGAACCUCCCAGACAUCAACUAG